AUGCCCCUCUCUGGCGAUGACCUUAUCUGUCCCAAGUUCCAGCCCAACAUCUUCGACUCCUCCCGCUGCCACGACUGCCUGCGCCAGAAACACUUGCACUCGGGCACGAGUACAGGCACGGGUACAGCCGAAACACCACAGCAGAGCCUCACAGUGGAGAAGGAGCCAGGGCAAGCCACUGUACCUCUACCAGCACCACAGCUGAGCCUCACAGUGGAGAAGGAGCCCGGGCAAGCCACUGUACCUCCACCAGCACCACAGGCAGUGAAGAGGGAUACCAGUGCCAAGACAGAGGGAGAGGGGAUUAGAAGAGUGGAGAACUCUUAUGGCCUGUCAGUGGUGAGCAGCGUCUGUGAUGUCAGCGGAGAUCAGCUGGGUUACGAGGAGAGCUCCUUGUGCAUCCUGAGCCCUGACUGUGACCUCUACAUCUGUGACGGAGACGACGACGACAGCACUGACAGCUGUCGGGACCAGAGUGUCUACGCUGAUCUCAGUGGCUCCAUCAGUGCAGAGGACGACUACCUGCCUCUCCGGCACCGCUCAACCCACCUCACCAUGACCCACCUGGACCCACCACCCCACCGAACCAACCCCAAAGCAUGGAUGGAGGAGGACAACAGCAGGGGCAGGAUUGGCAGACACUCAGGGUUAAAAGAAGAAAGGAAUCGUGAAAGUGGCUACUUCUCUCUGGGGAGGGCGGGAGGAGCCCGUUCUCUCAGGGAUCAGAGCCCCCCUCCCGUUUACCGCCAUUCAGAGAGGGGACACCCCCUCUACAGCAACCGAAGCCCUGAGCCCAAAGCUACCAUCCCCUUCAGGAACCCUAACCUGGGGCUGGCCUCGGAGAGGUUAAACCCAGAGAUACUAAACCCAGACCUGCCCCUGGAAAUCCCUGAACCUCCUGACACAUUUGAUCUCACCAUCGAAGUUGAGGCUCAGGUGGGCCCUCGCUCCCCAAGCCCCACCCCUUUUAAGAUAGCAGAAUCCCUGGCCUCCACUAACCGGAGGGGUUUCAACAGCUCAUACAGUAGAAGAAACUCCCCUUCCUAUCAGGAGUCUGGGAAGUUCAAUUCAUCGAGACAAAGCUCCUCUCUGUCCCGCUCCUCUUCACCCUUACCAAACACCUUCCCAUUCAAACGAAGUGAAUGUACCACCUCCCUUAACAGGCGGGGCUUAGACUCUGAGGGCUUGUCUCAGGGGUGGGACCAGACUUCUAGAGGUCCCCCCCAGAGGUCUUAUGGACGAGGUGUUGAUAUUAGAGGCUUGAAUAAAAAUGUAAUAUCGAUGGCCAGUUCAGUUGGUUCCAUAUCACAGGUCAACUCUGUUGCAUAUUUUAAAAGUGCAUUGCGCAAGAAUGAGACAGACAGCUCCUUAAAUGGUCGUGGACGUGAUACUCAAAGCUCCGCCCCUUCAAGGAGGGGUUACGAAAGCCCCAGACAAUCUCGUGUGCGCAAAUCUGAAACAAGUAACUCCUUAAAUGGCCGUGACAGCAGAAGCUCAUCUCCUUCGAGGAGGGCUAAUGACACCUGCAGCCAAACCCUGCUUCGCAAAUCUGAUGGGAACAACUUGAUAAAUGGUCAUGGUCAUGAAAGUCGCAAUUCUUCUCCUUCGAGGAGGAGUUACGAUGCCACCAGCCAGUCCCUCCUUUGCAAAUCUGAAACGAACAGUUCUCUCAAUGGUCAUAGUCCACACGGCGUCCGGUGUGGCUCUCCCAUUAGGGAGGGUUAUGAUGCCGAAAGACAAUCUCUGAAGAAAUCAGCUUCUAGGAAUGACUUAAAUGUUCAUGCCUAUAAAAGUGGUAGCUCUUCCCCUUCUAGACAUGGCUUUGACACUCCUUGUCAAUUCCUGCUCUGCAAAAGUGAGACAAGUGGCUAUGGAAAUGGUCGAGGUCGUGACAGUGGAAGUUCCUCUCCCUCUAGAAAAGGCUAUGAUGCCCCUAGCCAGUCACCUCUGCGCAAAAAUGAAUCCAACAGCUACCUGAAUAGUCAAAGUCGAGACAGUCGAAGCUCCUCCCCUUCGAGAAAGGCAUAUGAUCCCCCUGGCCAAUCACUGCUUCGUAAAUCUGAGACGAACAGCCCUGUCAGAAGUCAAAGUCGUGAUCGUCCUAUCUCCUCUCCCUCUAGGAGAGGCUAUGAUACACCGAGCCAGUCAUCACUGCGCAAAAGUGAAUCCAUAAACUACCUGAAUAGUCAAAGUCAAGACAUUCGGAGCUCCUCCCCUUCGAGAAAGGACUAUGAUGCCCCUGGCCAAUCAUUGCUUUGUAAAUCAGAGACGAACAGCUCUGUCAGAUGUCAAAGUUGUGGUAGUCGUAGCUCCUCCCCUUCAAGGAGGGGCCAUGACACCCCAGGCCAAUCACUACUGCACAAAUCUGAGAAGAGUGGGGCCCUCAAUGGUCAGAGCCAUGACAGUCGCAACUCCACUCCAUCCAAAAGACGCAAUGACCCACCAGGUCAGUCACUCCUCAGGAAAACCACCAGUGGUGGUGACUCCAGCCUCUCUUACCAGAGAAAAGACAGUUACGGUGAUGCUUGGCCUGACUCUAACCCCUCCCCUGGCACCUGGCGAGGCUCCACCCACUUCCUACAUAGCACCUCCCCAUCCAGAGAAGGCAGAGAGAACAAAACAUCUGCCCCCUCUCAGAGGGCCUCUGCUGUCACCUGGGAAACCACUAGGAGUAACAGUAGUAAGCAGGGUCUGGAGACUCGUAGCUCCUCCCCAAACACAAAAGGAUUGACCAACCGCAACCUAAGUCCCUCCCCUCAGAUGCAAAGGCACACCUCGUCCCAGAGUUCCAUGGAGUCCUCGGAGUCUGGCCAGUUGUCAGGGGAGUCAACGGAGAGGAAUAGGGAAGAGUACGCCAUGAUGGCCGAUCUACCAAAGGUCAAGCCUGUCCUCCAAAGGGAGCGGCUUCGUCAUGUGGGACAGACUCCAAACCGACCCUCAGGGAGACAGGAGCUCUUCAAACCAGCAAGCCACUCCCUCUCCAAGCAUCCCUCCAGAGAGUGGCUAGAUGACUCAGGGGACCUAGAGAGAAACCACAUAGAAUGGCAUAAUGGCAGCAGCGGUAGACUGUCUCGAGCACACUCGUCCACCUCUUUGCAAACGCAGGGUUGA